AUGGAAAGUCAGAGGAACAUAUCAGAAUUCACUCUCAUGGGCCUUUCUUCUGUUCCAAACAUACAAACAUUUUGUCUUGUAUUCUUUUUAAUUUGUUAUAUUGCCAUCUUGGUUGGAAACCUUCUGAUCCUCAUCUCUAUUGCAUGCAGUUCUCUUUUUCACCAACCCAUGUACUAUUUCCUCAGUCACUUAUCUUCUAUGGACAUCUGCUAUACCUCCUGUGUGACUCCCAAACUGAUUGGUGACCAGUUAGUGGGAAGAAACACCAUCUCCUAUGGGAACUGCAUGUUACAGGUCUUUGUCAUGCACUUCUUUGGACUGAUUGAAGUAUUAAUCCUGACAUUCAUGGCCUUUGAUUGCUAUGUUGCCAUCUGCAAUCCUCUGCACUACAUGACCGUCAUGAGCAGAACCAGGUGCAAUAUCCUGAUCUUUGCAGCCUGGGCUGGUGGAGCUGCCCACUCCUUUUCCCAGUUCUUUAUGAUAAUCUGGUUGCCCUUCUGUGGCCCCAAUGAAAUUGAUCACUACUACGGUGACAUUUUUCCUUUGUUGCAAGUUGCCUGUACUGAUACCCAUAUCACUGGUGUCCUUAUGGUUGCCAAUUCAGGAAUGGCUGCCUUGGUGCCAUUUAUUUUCUUAUUUGGGUCUUAUGUCAUUAUUCUAUUCACAUUAAGAAAUCAGUCAGCAGAGGGAAGACACAAAGCCCUCUCUACUUGUGGAUCUCACAUCACUGUGGUUAUCUUAUUCUUUGGACCUUCCAUAUUUGCCUACCUUAGACCUCCUACCACUUUCCCCAAGGACAAAAUCUUUGCUUUGUUUUACACCAUUAUUGCUCCUAUGUUCAAUCCUCUCAUCUACACCUUGAGGAACACAGAUUUGAAAAAGGCCAUGAGGAAAGUUUGGUGUCAAAAGGUAUUUUCAGAAGAAAAACAUAAUUGA